AUGCUGAUGACCGAGACGUACACGCCGCCCGCCGCGCUGGGCACGGCCGCGACCAGCAGCGCCUCGGACCCCGACGCCGACGCCUUCAACGAGCGGCUGCGGCUCAAGAUCCAGCCCAGCCCGCCCAAGUUCCCGUACCGGGACGACCCGUUCGAGCUCACCGUGUACCUCGUGGACCCGGCCGACCACCUCAAGUCGGGCAUCACGGUGCCGCUCAACGUGGAGCUCUACGCGGCCGAGAAGAUGAUGCCUGUGGAGAAGGACAUCCUGCACAUCGACCCCAGCACCAAGCCCGUCAUGAACGGCGACGGCAUCUGCAAGCUGCGCGUGAGCAUCAGCGAGUGCUCCAUGGCGCUGGGCAACCGCAAGUUCGUGAUCCACAUCUCGGCCGCCGCCACCAAGGACACGAUGAACCUCAACGUCUCGCCCGCCGUCACGUCCGAGAUGACGGUCAUCCAGCACCGCCUGCUCAUCCAGGAGAAGCUGCCCGAGCUCUGGUACAAGGACGAAGGCGGCCGCGACAAGUGCAUGACUCUGCCCAUCUUCCUCGUCAACGCCAAGAACGAGCGCGUGGGCAACCGCCCCGUGCCGCUCCGAGUCACGCUGCUCUACGAGAACGAGCACCCAGUGCUCAAGCAGGACAUCCUCAAAAUGUCGCCCGACUGCCAGCGCACCAUCGACUCGACGGGCAAGGCCGUGCUCAAGCUGCGCAUCGAGGACGUGUCCAAGAACCACCAGGGCCAGGCCUUCCGGCUCAAGGUGGAGGCCGACACGGCGCAGUCGCCGCUCAACUUCGACGUGGCCUACGACCUGAGCUCCUCCAUCUCGGUGCGCUCCAAGCGCAACAAGCGUCGGCCAGGCAAGAACGCCCCCGCGCAGAUCACACACCACAUUAUCGCUGGCGCGUCCACGCCCAUGUCAACCACGUCGUCGCCUGCCUCGAACGCCGAGCACGAGAUGAUGCUAGCUGGCGCUUUCGGCACGGCCGCCUUUACAGCGGACGACCGACGCAAGAGGAUGCGCACUGGAGGAGGAAGCGCGUCGCCAGGAACUCCUCGCGUGGGAGGCAGCCCACAGUCCGGCAACUCUCUUACGGGUGCCAUGGAGAGCAUUCUAACGUGGACUGGCGGCGUCGUUAACGGACUCCACCAGCUGGAGUGGCAGACCGUAGGCUACGAAAGCAAGAGCGACGGCACGGCCGACCCGGAGCGACCGAUCUACCGCUGCCCAGCAUGCUGGCGCUACAAGGACGUCAUGACGUACGAAACGGCGCAGCACGAUACGAAAUGCCUGAUCGCCAAUCUCCUGCUGACGUAUGCGACGGACACCAUGGGGCACCUCGACUUCGUGCUCAAGGGUAUCGAGCGGUUCCCAGCGAUGAUCGCCAGUGCGCAGGCUGCCGCGCAAAAGGCAGCAGCAAAGCCGAUGGGCCAGAUGCAGAACCAGAACGCCGGAACGCCAUCACUCGUGAGCCCACAGAAUGCCGGCAUGAUGGGCGUGAACCCGCUAACGGAUGAUGCGAUGAGCUCGGCCAUGAUGAUGAACUCCAGUAUGGGAUCUACUGCUACGUCCAACCAAUUCUCGAUGACCAACAGCUCUUCCGCAAUGGCGACCGCGACGUCUGGGCUCGCAGGAAUGGAGGGUCCUCCUGGUCUCUUCCGGAAUAACUCGGGUGGUCUCACGGAGUUCAUGCGCUCGCUGGAUGACCAAGAUUCAAAUGACCCAAUGUUCUACCAGAACCUCGCUGCCAGUGGAAAUGGAAGCGCCGGUGGUAGCCAGAUUGCUGAUGCCAUUGAGAUGCAAGUGUUUUACGUCGUUGCGCGCAUGGUGACGCUGAACUCGAGCAACGCCAUUGGCUUCCCAGCAUUUGAUAUGAAUAUGAACUUGCUGGGAUUCUACCAGGAGGGCCGUGAAAACGCAACCACUGAGGUGGUGUUCGUACCCGUGAGUGACAUUCCAGCCAUCUCGCAAGGAGAGAUUAUGGAGACCCAGCGGCUCUUGCAAGGAGAAUUGAAGGGUAACAGCCCUGCGGUGCAUACGCUGGCACGCUGCAACAACGACCUGGUGAAGCUCAAGGAAGACGUGAUCCUCUUCCACUGGAACGCCAAGGACCGGAUUACUCCCAAGUGGUAA